AAAUUUUGAGCGAAAUAAGCUUUUUGUGCGCGUAUGUAAAAUGUCUUGGCUCUUUUAUUUCAGCUCAUGAGACCAACACUUUACAUGUCGCAUUUAUAUUUUUGUUCGGUAUAGUUUUUAAAUACAUUUCUGAGUUCUAGUAAACGUUAAUAUUGUGAGAACGCAAGUGGGCGCAGUUUUCUUUUCGAAAGCUACAUUUGGCCUAUUCGACGACAUCCGUCCAUAGCUGUCGUUGGUUUGUCUGUCAGUGUGAUUCCACGUCUGUGAGAAUGGAAGAGAAACCAGACACAGUCGCGUCUUCUCGUGAUGAGAGAAAAGCUAAAGAGAAGGCUGAAAUACUGCAAAGGGAAAUGCAGCGGAAGAGUUUCAAACUGGUAGCUAAGAUCCUGAAGAAGCAGGAGAGUGAGCGGACACAGGAGGAGUCUGCGGAUCUACUUCUGCACCAGGACACCGUACAGGAGUUGUGUUCGCGGCAGGUCCGCAGGAACGUUCUAAAGAGGAAGCAAGAAGAGGUAUUUGAUGAUACAGAGGACCUGAGGUGUAAAGUGGGACAGUUGGCUGAGGCAGUCAGACAGGCUCAACACCUGGUUAUCUACACUGGAGCCGGGAUCAGUACGGCAGCGUCCAUCCCAGACUACAGGGGACCAAAUGGGGUUUGGACACAGCUACAGAAGGGCAGAGCUGUCAGCUCGUCAGACCUGAGUGAAGCAGAACCAACUCUUACACACAUGUGUAUCAGGAUGCUGCAUGAGGAGAACAUGGUGCAGCACGUAGUGUCUCAGAACUGUGAUGGGCUCCACCUGCGUAGCGGUCUUCCCAGACACACCCUCUCUGAGCUGCACGGCAACAUGUUCAUCGAGGUGUGUACUUCCUGUUCCCCGGUGAGGGAGUUUGUGCGACUCUUUGACGUGACGGAGCGCACCGCGAGGCACCGGCACGGGACGGGGCGGCGGUGCGCCCACUGCGGGGGCGAUCUCAGGGACACCAUCGUACAUUUCGGGGAGAGGGGCAUCUUGGAGCAGCCUCUCAACUGGAGGGGGGCAACGAACGCUGCUGAGAGGGCUGACGUUAUCCUCUGCCUGGGCUCCAGUCUGAAGGUGCUGAAGAAGUAUGGCUGUCUAUGGAGCAUGAAUAGACCUGCUAUCAGGAGACCCAAACUCUAUAUCGUCAAUCUACAGUGGACACCUAAAGACAACCUGGCCACGCUGAAGAUCCAUGGGAAAUGUGACGAUGUGAUGCGUCUCCUUAUGGAGGAGCUGAACAUUCAGAUCCCUGCCUACAACCAGACAGAGGACCCUGUACUCAGCUUGGCCACGCCGCUGAGACCAGAAGAGGAGGACAGUUACACUCGUAAACUCAUAGCUCCGCCCGCUGGCGGGGAGGACUGCUCACCAGACUCCCUGGGACAGGCUGGAGGGAAGGACUGCUCACCAGACUCCCUGGGACAGGCUGGAGGGAAGGACUGCUCACCAGACUCCCUGGGACAGGCUGGAGGGAAGGACUGCUCACCAGACUCCCUGGGACAGGCUGGAGGGAAGGACUGCUCACCAGACUCCCUGGGACAGGGUGAAGGAACAGCAGUACAAGGAGGCUGGUUCGGACGAGGGUACUCCAAAGGGAGGAAGAGGAGGAAGAGGAGGAGGACAGUGAUGGUGUAGCAGAAUGUUAAUCAUAGUAGAAAUUUGACACACGAUUCUCCAUCUCCUUUUUGUUCUGAUUGGUUGUUUUGAAAUGGACCUUGAUAGUAAGGAAGACGUACCAACAGAAAGAAGUGAG